CUCAAUUUUGACAGUCGGGUCAAUGGUUAACAUGGUGUUUUCUUGUGAUUAUAUUUUGUGUCUUGAAUUGUUCUAGAGAUGCCAUGUCCUUGUUUUUCAAUUGGGGUGUGUAUAAAGUCAAAAGCCAGGUUAGUGUCUAUAUGAAACAUAUAGUAAAAAUAACUGUGGUCUCACGCCGUAUACAAGGCAACGUAAAACGAAAGUGGAUAGAAAAUGGAGUUUAAAAGGUUUAUUAUUCCUUCGUCGUUCUAUCCGCGUUACUUCUAUUUUCACCAACGUCUACGUAGAUUUGUUCCAAAAUUUCAGGAUAUUGUCGGAAAGAAUGUUUUCUCAAAAUGCAUAUUGUUUGGCGAACAACACAUUGAAGACAUCUUAAAAGCGUAUGAUCAGUUUAAUGAACAAGUUGAAGUAUUUGUUGGAAAGGACGAUGCAAUUAAAGAGGAGGUCACGUGGAAGGAGCUGAUUGUUGAAGACAAUUCUAUGGAUGACGGAGCUGUACGUGAAUCAGAUACGUCUCGGCCGUCUGGUGCAAGUUGUGGCUCCCAGAUAUGCUUGGUUCUUGUGAACAAUACCACUAUCGAGAAAUGGAAGAACAUUUUUUGCGGGGAAAAGGGUCUUAUUUUCUUCAAUACAGACGACAGUCGUAAUACGACAGAGAAGCCACAGUUGAACAAACUAGUUCAGGCAGAACUGGAAACAAGGGUGAUCUCAUUGUUUGAAAGUGUGUAUUCUUUCAUCAAUAAACUGAUCCCAAGAGGCUGUAAGGAGUUCAGCGAUUUGACUCAGCAUACAUGUUCCAUUGACAAAUCAAAAGCAGUAAAAGAAGCUAUUCACGAACUUGUGAGAGAGCAUGCAAAAAAAGAUCCGGAAAAGCAAGACAAAACUGCUUUCAUCUGCGCUAUCAAAACAGUCGUCAUUAAAAGGACACGCGCCACCUUUUGCGAGGACUUAUCAAAAGCAUGCUGCCUGCCGCAGUCUGUCAUACUAGAUUUUCAGGGAGACAACUUUUUUGACGUCGAAAAGAAGAUCAUGGAAAUUAAAGUAAAUAAUGAAAAAGAUAUUACUAGCUCCGAUGAAACAACAUUAAUGAGGAUGGGGAUGGAGCUUUUUAGCUGCAUAGUUCAAUGUUUGCAAGAUAUCGAACAAAAAUUCGUCAAGUUCAUGAAGGAACAAAUUGUUUCCAUCUCCAUGUUGUCAAGGAAACAAUUUGAGCUGACUGGAUUCCUCCGUACAACAAAUGUACAGAUUGACGUCCUACUCCCUACCAUACUGAAAAUACCCCGUGAACUACAACAUAAACUACUGCAGAAUCACCCAGAUGUCUCUGGUUGCGGACACAGACAUGGAAAGUUUGUGAUUGACGUGAAAAAGGCUCUUGCAGAGGAGGAAAAGAAGGAAAUUAGACGUGAAAUGAAAGAAUACAGUUUUAACUUUGAUUUUGAAUCUGAAGUCAUCAAAUACGUGAAGCAAGCUGGGUUUUGUGUAGAACAGGGGAACAUCAUAAGAGUGAAAAACACUAAGGUUGAUCAUCAGUUGCCUUACAAGACUGGAAGAUUAGGCUGUUUAAUGCAAAAGGAAGAAAUGGGUUCACAGGGUCCUCUGUUUGGUAUUACAUGUGGACAUUGUGUAUCAGGCUGCGAUGAAUCUGUUGAUGUUUGUAUUGACCAUGAAAAUGAUUUCAAACCGCUUGGAAAAGUUCAUUACAAUUCAGCUCAAAAUGGUCAUGAAAAUGAUUUUUUAGAUAUUGCAGCUAUAGAAAUAACAAAUGAGAUGAGCGUGAAAACAGAGUUGAAAAGAUCGGACGGAAGAGAUGCCAAGACUUGGGAUGUUUUUGACGAAAAUAUACCACAAGGACGUGAUGUUUAUAUGAUCACUUGCCAAAUGAAAAACGAUGGUCGAGUAUCAUCGAGAAUUUCUAUUGGAACUAUCAUAUCGUCAGAAUUCUUGGAAGAUAAUGUGAAGAAAAACUUUACGCCGUUGGAAGCCAGUUGCGAAACAGUCCAUAAACUACCUGGGCCAUACUUCGUUCAUAUAGCACCAGAAGAAUUUUCAGUGGGGCCAUUUUCGGUGGAAGGUGAUAGUGGUGCGGUAAUUUGCGCAGAUGAUAUGGACAGCGUUAAAAAUGUUCAUGUAAUUGCACUUCUAACUGGAGCGGUCAAGAAGAUUUCUACCGACGGAUUGCUCCAGUAUAUUCACUCCAAAGGAAGCGUGAUGCAUAAAUUAUUAAGCGUCGUCAAAAAGCAGGCACACAUGCAACUGUUACCUGUUUUAACAAAUGUUUUCGCAAAAUGUAUAUUGUUUGGCGAACAACACAUGGAAGACAUCUUGAAAGCGUUUGGUCAGUUUCAUGAAACAGUUGAAGUAUUUGUUGGGAAGGACGAUGCAAUUAAUGAGGAGAUUUUCUCGUGGAAGGAGCUGAUUGUUGAAGACAAUUCUAUGGAUGACGGAGCUGUACGUGAAUCAGAUACGUCUCGGCCGUCUGGUGCAAGUUGUGGCUCCCAGAUAUGCUUGGUUCUUGUGAACAAUACUACUAUCGAGAAAUGGAAGAACAUUUUUUGCGGGGAAAAGGGUCUUAUUUUCUUCAAUACAGACGACAGUCGUAAUACGACAGAGAAGCCACAGUUGAACAAACUAGUUCAGGCAGAACUUGAAACAAGAGUUAUCUCAUUGUUUGAAAGUGUGUAUUCUUUCAUCAAUAAACUGAUCCCAAGAGGCUGUAAGGAGUUCAGCGAUUUGACUCAGCAUACAUGUUCCAUUGACAAAUCAAAAGCAGUAAAAGAAGCUAUUCACGAACUUGUGAGAGGGCAUGCAAAAAAAGUUCCGGAAAAGAAAGACAAAACUGCUUUCAUCUGCGCUAUCAAAACAGUCAUCAUUAAAAGGACACGCGCCACCUUUUGCGAGGACUUAUCAAAAGCAUGCUGCCUGCCGCAGUCUGUCAUACUAGAUUUUCAGGGAGACAACUUUUUUGACGUCGAAAAGAAGAUCAUGGAAAUUAAAGUAAAUAAUGAAAAAGAUAUUACUAGCUCCGAUGAAACAACAUUAAUGACGAUGGGGAUGGAGCUUUUUAGCUGUAUAGCUCAAGGUUUGCAAGAUAUCGAACAAAAAUUCGUCAAGUUCGUGAAGGAACAAAUUGUUUCCAUCACCAUGUUGUCAAGGAAACAAUUUGAGCUGACUGGAAUCCUCCGUUCAACGAAUGUAAAGAUUGACGUCCUACUCCCUACCAUACUGAAAGUACCUCGUGAACUACAACAUAAACUACUGCAGAAUCACCCAUAUGUCAUUGGUUGCGGACACAGACAUGGAAAGUUUGUGAUUGGCGUGAAGAAGACUCUUGCUGAAAAGGAAAAGGAGAGCAUUAGACGUGAACUGAAAGAAAACAGUUUCAAUUUUGAUUUUGAAUCUGAAGUCAUCAGAUACGUUAAGCAAGCUGGGUUUUGUGUAGAACAGGGAAACACAAUAAGAGCGCAAAAGACUAAGGCUGAUCCGAAUCCAUUCAAGCUUGGAAGUUUAGGCUGUUUUAUGCAAAAGGAAGAAAUGGAUUCACAGGGUUUACUGCUUGGUAUUACAUGUGGACAUUGUGUAUCAGACUGCGAUAAAUCUGUUGAUGUUUGUAUUGGCCAUGGAAAUGAUUUCAAACCGCUUGGGAAAGUUCAGUACAAUUCAGCUCAAAACUGUCCUGAAGAUGAAUUUUUAGAUAUUGCAGCUAUAGAAAUUACGCUAAAGGAGAAAUAUGUGAAAACAGAGUUAAAAAGAUCAGACGGAAGAGAUGCCAAGACUUGGGAUGUUUUUGACGGAGAACUGCUAGUUGGACUUGAUGUUUAUAAGGACACUUGUCAAAAGAAAUACGACGAGAAUAAAGAAUCCUCGGGAAUGACUUUAGGAACAAUCAUAUCGUUAGACUACAUGGAUAUGUCUGUGAUGGAAGUAUGUAAUGAGAUUGAAGGAAAAUGCAAAAAAGUCUAUGAAUUACCUGGGCCAUACGUCGUGCACAUUCAAUCAGCCAUGGAUGAGCCGUUUUCGAUAAACGGUGACAGUGGUGCCGUUAUUUGCGCGGAUGAUAUGAACAGCGUUCAAAAUGUUCACGUUAUUGCACUUCUAACUGGAGCGGUCGAGAGGCGUAUUUCCAUCAACGGACCACUCCAGUACAUUUUCUCCAAAGGAAGCGUGUUUCAUAAAUUACUAAACAUCGUCAAAAAACGAGAAAACAUCCAACUUUUACCUGCCUGUGUAAAACCAAACGCGGGAGGUUCAGCAGCUGCGUCUGCGUCAGAAACGACAACUACAUCUGCCGUGGACAAGAGAAUCAUUGAAGACAAACUUGUACCGCUUCUCAAGAGAUUGUAAAGAACAAGAUGUAUUUAUUUCGUCAAGUUUAAUGAAAUUCUAGUGGGAUAUAAAUAGAGGAUACAUUGUUUGUUUCAGUGUAAGUCCGUUCCAUACUUAACCGAAUGGGCAUCCAAAAGCUAUAUUUACGAGUGGCGUUUGGUUUAAACUUAUACUACUUUACAACGAUUGUGAAACAAGUUAUUACAACAUUAUAUCAACCACUCUCGAUGGCACGAUUUUAAGCGACGGUGUGGUCUUGUGUGGUGAGGGAAAGCAGGAUGAUCGGAGGAAACACACUUGUCCGGUUUGGUGGCCACAAAUCAACCGUACAAGCCUAGUAGCCUAGGUGAGAAGCGACUGCGCUAUUUUACCACUGCGCUUACCGGAGGCAACUUUUUGAUUUGCGUUUGAAACAGUGAAUUGUUAUUUUUAUUGCACUGAUGAAUCUCUGUAAAUCACCGGAAAGCAAAUGUCAACAUAUUUGUGUCAACCGAACAACAGCAACACCAUUUGUUAAUGGCUUCAGGGGAAAAUGGCCUUAGCACAUUGAAUUAUUGCAAACUUUUCAAACGGUUUUAUACAGUUCACUGCAAAUAUUUUUAAUAUUCGACUUUUUCCGUUCUAGUUUAAUGGUUUAAAGUUUUGGUUUUUAAACUUAAAUUCAGUAUAUAGUAAAAUAGUUAUAUGCUAAGUGUUUAAGGUAUUCGACCAUCACUCUGUUGAUAUCGUGUGACCCCAUAGUAUUUUGGUAUAAUUUGGGUUUUAUACGUAGGGAAAUAAUGUGUAAAACUAUUACCAAAACGAUGCAGAACUUAUGUGUUAGUGUUUUUUUUUCAAACUCUCAUACUUGAGCUGUACAGCAAUGUAUCAUAAACUAGUAAACUCUGUGGUAAACAAGAGGUCUAGAUUUUUCAUUAGUCGUAAGUAUAACUCGUAAUGUUUAAAAAAAAAUCAAGGUUUGUUAUUUCAUACACAUUUUUGUUGACGUCUCAUUUUCUUUUCUCAUAAAGCAAAUUUAUGAUUUAGGUCAUAAACUGUGAACAUAUCAAGUUAUUGAGCCACUUUCGAGUGCUAUGAUACUUUAUAAAGACAGCGAUUCUGUGAUAUAGUUAUGUAAAUUAGUAAUGUUAAGUUUAUGAAUUACAGUUAUAUAAAAUAACUUUUCAGAUGUGUUUUUUUUUUAAAAAUACAUUUUCUAAUACCUGAAUGCAAACUCUUGUGUUAAGUAACGCCCUACUACUCUGUAAUACUGAUACUUAUGUAAAGGCGAUAUUCCUCUGUGUGUUAAUUAUUUUUUAACUGCAUUAAAUACUGGUGUAAGCUAUUAACUAUGAUAGGUACCCUAAACACUGCUACAAAAUGUUAAAAUCGCUAGAUGACGCCGGGCGAAAUUUUUGGUCAUCCAAUAUUAAAUCUUUGUUAUUCACAUACGGUUUUGGAUACAUUUCGAUUGCUCAAGAUGUAGGAAAUAUGGAUCUAUUUAUAUAUAUAUUUAGACAACGGAUAAUUGACUGUUUCGACCAAAACUGGCAUGACGAUGUUAGUGAUUCCUCAAGGUGUCAUCAUUAUAAACAUUACAAAACUUUAUGAAAUACAGAAAGGUACCUACAUCUGGAAAUUCCAUUAAAAUAUAAGAUUGUUUUGCUAGAGUUCGCUGUUCAAACCAUAAACUAAACAUGGAACUCGGUAGAUAUAUAAAUACUCCACAAGAUGAGAGACUUUGUAUAUAUUGUCUGAAUCAAAAUUUGACAGUUAUUGAUUGUGAAUAUCAUGCAUUCUUUCAAUGUCUUAAAUUCGAUAUUAUUCGUAGACAAUAUCUUUUUAACUGGUAUUCAUCUGGUAAUAAUUUUAAUGAUUUCUACUCUUUAAUGUCUACUGAAACUGAUAAUACAAUAUUGAAGUUAACAAUCUAUGUAUACCAUCUAUUAUAUAUAGCUUUAUUUCCCCCAUUUUCUGGGGAUGUACAUGGUAUAUGGUAAUACAUACACAAGAAUAAAUAUUUACAAACAGAAUACCAAUUUGAUAGUACUUGAAUAAAAUGAAUUGAAUUGAAUUGAAAUCAGCAUUUUUCAUUUCUCGUUUGUUGCAUGCUUUAAUUAUAUCAUGCUCAUGGUCCGCAUACUCAAAAUAAAAAAGUGUUUUGUUCCAAUGCUGACAUAUUUUAUCAAUAAAAAAUGAGUGAAUCAACUUCAUACUUAAUACUUAUACAAUCAGCUUAGAAUGAUAUACUUUGUACACAUAAUUGCCAAUUUAAAAUUAUAGCAUAUGUACAUUCUUACUUUUAUAUGUUGGUUAACAAAUAAAUGGAAUACAAGUUUAAA